AUGUUUAUAACCGAAGAAAUAUUAAUUGAAAAUAUGCAAACACUUUCAUUAGAUUUAUUGGAGAAUAAAAAUACAUCAAUUUCACAAAAUUCACAAGACGAUGAAGAAGAGAAUAUUAAUCAAAAUGAAACAGAUAAUGUAUCGCGAAAAGAAACACGAUUUGAAUUACAUAAAUUAUUAAAAGAAAAUUUAAGAAAAGAUGAUUUACAAGAUAGUUUAAUUAAUAAGCUUUAUGAUUUUGAACGAAAAAAACUCUCUAUGCAAAUUGUACCUUACAUGCCAAUUUAUCCAGUACAAGUGAAUAAUAAUAAUUCAACAAUGGAUGAAAAAGAACAAGAACAAGAACAAGAACAAGAAAAUCAAAAUCAAAAUUCAUCUCCUAUUAUAGCUAAAGAAAUAAAAAAACAAGAUGAUGAUCUUUUAUUCAAACGACCAUUUCCACCAACGCCUUAUACAGUUGAAGAACCACCUGAAAAUACAACUAGGCGAACUUCAAAAAUGAAAAGGAGUUAUUCUCAAUCCGUAAGAUAUAAUAGCAAUCUUUCAGUAAUUGAAUUAAAAAAUGAUACAAUUGAUUAUUCAUUUCAUUCAACAGAAUCAGAUUAUUUUGUUUUUGAACCAAGUACACCUAUUGAGACUGACUCUUCAGCCAGCUGUUCGAAGUCUAAACUACAAUCAAAUCAAUCGUCAAUACAAAUAACUGAAUAUUUUGAUUUUUCAUCAAAAUUAUCAAGUAAUAAUAAUAAUAAUAAUAUUUCGAAACCAUUUGAGGAUAAUGAUAUCGACAUGGAUGCUAUUGUUUUAUCGGAUGUUAAUGACAAAAUGGAUGACGAUAUUUAA